CGGGCAGAACGGUUCUAUUCACAUGGCGCCUGUUAAAGCCAGGCUUCUGUCUAACAAUUGUCACAUUCGACAGACGGAACGGCGUUAAUUAUUCGCUAACAGGUUCAGCAAUUAAUACCAAGGCGCCGCUCGCGCGAUACGACGGUGUGCGAGAUUAAUUUUGGAGAUUGUCACUCUAAACGUGUAUUUACCUCCGGCCAUGUGUGUUUACACUUUUUACAACGUAUCAUGCAAGUAUUGUCUGGCAAGGUAACACGAAAAGUGACACCGGUGAGAUCAGGCAUUUUGUGUCCGGGAGGCAACGCGAUCAGACGAAAAGUUUAAUUCAUCAUGGAGACUCGUAAGUUAUGUUGCAUCAGUGUGUCGUUCGCGGCAAGAAUAAUCGGGGCAUAUACAAUGUCCACUUCGAUUCUACUGAUAAACGUGUUGGUGAGCAACUUUUUCUCACGAGAGGGAGAUGAAGAUUUUUUCGAAUCCGUUAAAACUUGGACCAUGCUGGGAUUGAAUUGGGUGCAGGCAGUGAGAUAUACGCAACUACAGAAAAAAGCGCAAACUGCGAUGAUAUGUUUUCUUAUAUACGUUGUCUCGUUUCUCUUGGCCAGUGCUUAUCUCGCUUUAGGAUCGAUAUCGAGGAGACAUAAAUGCGCCGUGCCUUGGAUGUAUUUGCAAAUGAUUAGCAUAAUAGAUCAGACCGUGGCGCUAUCUGAUCACAUAAUACAUGAGCGACAAGCUGCUAUAUACAUGUGGUACACUAUGAUAUGCAGCAUCUAUUUGAUUUUGAACGUGUAUUUCUGGAUGAUCGUGCAAACAGCCCGAAAACAAUGGUACGACGAGCAGCAGAACUGUGAAUCGACAGUGUUAGAUCCCAUACCAAUAUCCACGAAUAACGGCCUGAAGUCACCAUCUUUUCUUUCGCAAAAUUUUUCCAUGUUUGAAUCACCACGACCGCCAACGAUUCUACCUAAAUAGCAGAAAGUCCAUGAAGAAUCAUGGAUAAUUUCGAAAUGAAUCUCAUUUCUGGAUUUGCCGCGUGAAGCGAGCUGUUGCCAGAACUUAUAGGAUUGAGAGGGUUAUUUAAAGAACAAUGAGAGAUACAAAGGAGGAGACUGAGAAGGCUUAUUUUUCUUAAUACUCUACGGCCAUUAUAAGACUCACGCGCUUAUAUAUGAUAUAUUUAUUUAAUAAAUAUAAAUCAUCGGUUUUUUUUGUAAUAUAAAUAAAUAUCUAUAUUAUAAAAUAAUUAACUCUUCUGUUUGAAUUGCAUGAUGUAAACUUUUCUAUAAAAGAUUUAUAAAUAUUUACAAAAAAA